UUGUUCUGGCUUUUUUUUUUUCUCCCCCCUCCCUAGCUUCAAACGCGACUCAGCCCCGGACCAGGGAGGCGCCCAGGGUCGCCGCUUUCUGCAGCUACCGGUGGGGGGAAAAGGAGGCUGUGUCACCGAGGAACGCUUCACCACCCUCCGCUUCGGCUUUUCCCCCCUGCGGGUGUUCGUCGAUCUCCUGAGCCUGAAACCGGACUGUAGGAGGAAGAGAGACUUUAUAGAGCAGAUGCUUGGACUGAAAUAACUUAUUUUGGGGGGUUUUAUUCGGCUGCCAGAUCCCCCCACCCCCCCUUUUUUUUUAGUGCAGGGCUCCCUUUCCCUCCCCUCCCCCUCCGCGGCCCACACCGAUCCUCUCCCCCUCUUCUCGUCUUUCCUUCCUCUUCUCUCUCUCACUCCCCUUGGCCGCUCCCUCCGCGUCCUUCCCCCUUCGUCGCUGCCCGGGGCGCCGAGCCAGACUAUGGGUCCCAGGUGGGGGCUGAGUGGCGGCAGCAGCGCGGGCGGCCCGGUCACCGUGCGCACUGCAGCGGGGAUGGAGGGGCUCAGUUGGCUGGUGGUUUUCUCUUGACAUGGCUCCUGCCCGUGCUGCGAGCAGCGCCCCCGCCGCCGCCGCCUCUUCCGCCGCCGCCGCCACCGCUCCGCCCGCAGGCUGCGGCUAGAAGGGUCCCGAACCCCCCCCUACCCCGAGAGUCGGUCCGUGAGUCCCGGUAAUCCGCGGGGACAGGGAAGGGGAUUUCAAAUCCCCGGUCACCCCCACCCCCGGACCCUCCUGCCGCCUCGACUCCACCUUCUGCCUCCUUCCUCCCACCCCUCCUCCCCACUCGGGAAACCAACUUAACGACCCCACCCUGAACAAUCCAAACUCUGGAAAACAUGGUCUGUUGAGCGGGAGAGCGAAUCCAGAAUCUGGGGAACUUUUUUUUUUUUUUUAGGGGGGUGGGCUGACUUUUAAAAAGUUGACUAAUAUUAACACAACUAUUUUCUCUCUUUCCCACUGAUCCCGUCCCUUUUUACCCUCUCCCGCCUACUCUAUCCGGGCGGGAAUUGUUUCCACGAUGAAAUGAGUGAAAUCCUGAGUGAUCCUGUGUCUCCCGUGGUGCGAGUGAGUCGCUGCCGCUGAAGGCAAGGGGUGGGGGUGGGACCUGGUGGGGGCGGAAGGCAGGUGGUCCCCGGGCACUGCCUGGGAUUUGGGAGAACCCACCACCUUUGCCUCAGCAAUGCUCACAAGAAGAUAAAUCGCACUCCCCACCAUCUUGAACAGGGGCAAAUUCAUAAGGAAAGGCUCCCUUGGGGAAUGUAGAACUUAUAGCAGGACUGAGGGUGUUGGGAUCCUGGACAUUAAUCAGGUGUAACCACAGAGGCGGAAUAAUUAUUAAUACCAUUUAAUAUACCCUUUUCCCUCUGCCAUCAUGAUUCUCCUUGGCAGCAGCAUUAGCAGCCGCCUGAGGGUGAAAAUGUGGGUGAUGGGGAAGUUGGUGAUGACUCCGCUGUUUUUCCUUAUGGCUCCUCUGGGCAACAGCUGUCCACCCCCGGUAUACACUGUAGUUGAUUGCAGGGAAACCCUGUACCUCUCCCCUUUCUCUACUGAUUUUGCACUUUUCUCUUUGAUCACCACCACCAAGAGUAAUCAAUAACAAGCACUGACAAUACAUAGCAAUAGUGAAAUCUGAAAUAACAGAAUUAGGUACUACAGCCAUGGAUCUGGCUGGGUAAAAUACAAUUGGGUAUUUCAGUUUCAGUCACCUACCCUGUUUUGGUGUUUUGUUUUUGAUUUUCUUUUCCUUUUUUAUUUUUUUGUUACUUGGCAAACAAGGAUCACACUCUCCCUCCCUUCCCCCCCCCCCUAUUGCUUUUCAUAAGUCCUUUUCUUAAAAGGGGGAGAAAUCCGGAUGGAUUUCAAGGAUUGGACUGGUGUCAGCUGUGUUUUAUUGCACACUUAAAUCCUGAUUACCAGGAUUUUCAUUUCCCCUUUGAAAGCCUUUAUUUUGGCAAUUAAGCCAAAUGUGUUUUCCAGAAAGUUAGUUCAAGUAUUUUCUCCUCUUUCUUUCCUUCCUCCCCUUCCUUUUUCCUGUUUGACCCCAAACAUUGUCCAAACAUGACUGGACAGCAGCUUUGGUUUCUUGACCCUGUAGUAUGACAGUCUGCUAAUAUUGCCAGAAGGUGCCGUUUGGGGGUUACAGUUGUGAUUUUAGCUAUUCAAUCAUAUUAGCAGGAGAAAAAUAUGACUUGUUUCUGUUGUACUUGAGUCUUAAGAAAAAGUGCCCAUAGUUUAGUGACAAUUUCCAAAGGCUUUAGUACCACCUGUAUUUCAAAAUGGGGGACCCAAACUCCCGGAAGAAACAAGCUCUGAACAGACUACGUGCUCAGCUUAGAAAGAAAAAAGAAUCUCUAGCUGACCAGUUUGACUUCAAGAUGUAUAUUGCCUUUGUAUUCAAGGAGAAGAAGAAAAAAUCAGCACUUUUUGAAGUGUCUGAAGUUAUACCAGUCAUGACAAAUAAUUAUGAAGAAAAUAUCCUUAAAGGUGUGCGAGAUUCCAGCUAUUCUUUGGAAAGUUCCAUAGAGCUUCUACAGAAGGAUGUGGUACAGCUCCAUGCUCCAAGAUACCAGUCUAUGAGAAGGGAUGUUAUUGGCUGUACUCAGGAGAUGGAUUUCAUUCUUUGGCCUCGGAAUGAUAUUGAGAAAAUUGUCUGUCUCCUGUUUUCUAGGUGGAAGGAAUCUGAUGAACCUUUUAGGCCUGUGCAGGCCAAAUUUGAGUUUCAUCACGGUGACUAUGAAAAACAGUUUCUGCAUGUACUGAGCCGCAAGGACAAGACUGGAAUUGUUGUCAACAAUCCUAGCCAGUCAGUGUUUCUCUUUAUUGACAGACAGCACUUGCAGACUCCAAAAAACAAAGCUACCAUCUUCAAGUUAUGCAGCAUCUGCCUCUACCUGCCACAGGAACAGCUCACCCACUGGGCAGUUGGCACCAUAGAGGACCACCUCCGUCCUUACAUGCCAGAAUAGAGUAUUAACCAGCAAAAUGGAGAAGAUCAGAGAAUGCAGCAGCAUUUAUUUUUCUUGUUUUCUUACCACUUUUAUUCUUUCAGAGUUUUAAAGAAAAUGGACUCAUGCACAGAACACUAUGCAUCUUGAACCUUGUUCAUCCUGGAUUUUUUUUUUUUUUCAUUUGUAUCACAGAACUUAAAAAUUAGAUGUCUUCUGCACGGACUGUGUGAAGGAAGAUGCUUUGCAUAUCUGCUGCACUGCAUCAGCAUCUUACUAAAAUGUGAAAUGAAAGGACUAUUGUACACUGAAAUGCUUAAAUGUAUCUGAAAGCACAAGGUGAUACUCAUUUUUGAUGGUCUUCCCAUUUGUGCUGGUUUUUGCCUCUUUGACAUCUGUCAUCAGUAUUUAGCGGGUGAGAAGUGAAUGUAACAGGUAUAAAUAACACUUUUGUUUAAAGCUUUGCUAUAAUUACCUUUGUUUCAGAGCACUAUCAGAUUCAUUUUAUGACCAGAAGUGGUUAUUUAAAAAAAAAAGAAUACAACCAUGGGAAAGAAAUCUUAAAUGAAAAACCAUCUCAUUGUAGGCAUUCUUGCCUCAUGUUUUUCUUGGUACUUAUUAACAUACCUUUUUUGUUCCCCAGAUCUCUUUCCCAAAGUUGCUGUUUUGAAAGUAUUCUGCUGAGUGGAUGUAUUUAUGCACUCUAAAGCAGAUCUGGAGUCUGAAGUAGCUAAAGCAGCUAUAAAACUGAGAAAUACAUUCAUAGCUGCAGAAACCAUGAUAGGUAGAGGACUUUACACUUUUUGUUUUAGUUUUGGUUUUUUUUGGUGUUAAAGAGAAUUUAAUUACAAAGAAAAAUUUCAGUAAAUUGUGCAGAAAUACUUGUUUCUACACCAUCCUAAAGGAAAAGGAGAGUUUUUGGAAUUGAAAAAGUUAUAAGUUGGGAUCUUAAAUUGUAAAAAUAACCAGAGUGUCAAAAGUUCUAAAAGCAGAACUCAUUUUGUGCAAUGAACAUAAGGAAAGACUACUGUAUAGUUUUUUUUUAGUUUUUCUUUUUUUUCUCCUUUUAAAUGAAGAAAAGCUUUGCUUAAGGGUUGCAUACUUUUAUGGAGUAAAUCUGAAUGAUCCUACUCCUUUGGAGUAAAACUAGUGUGUAACUAGUUUCCAAUUGUAUUUAGCUUUUUCUGGUUGGAAUUUGAAAAAAAAUGAAAACCUAAAUAAAAUAGGUGGAAGUUC